AUUUGAACGCUUCAAACUCGGUAACCCAUGUAGCCAACUGGCUAUCCUGUUUACCAGGCAAAAGACCAGGACCGUGGAGCUAGCCCCUCAUCCCCACAAUUAUUGAAGUUUCUCCCAGUCUUUCCCCUCACCUUCAAUGAAGGUUCUCUAGUCACCAGCCAAUUUUUUUUCCACAUUUACUCGUGUUUUUCUGUUGACGCACCAACCUUGAUUCUUCUUCCCCUUUUCAGUAUAAAUAAGCACAAGUGUGAUAGUCAUAGACAUGUGCUUGGUCCCGUGGUCUUACAUUCAAACGUUUGGUCUUCAGUAGAGAGAGGGAAGAGAGAGAGAGGGGGAUUUGAGAGGACCUGGUUUUGGGCUGGCAGGUAAGCCGGAGUGUUUGGUUUCCUGGAUUUCAUUUUCUAAUGGUGACUCACACAAACUGAAAUUUGGACCGCUAUUCAAUCCAUGGGACUGUCUCUCUCCACACUGUCAUCUGCGUGGAAUCAAAUUCUAGAACACCAAUUUUUCUGGUUCUCAAAACCCAUUGAGACGCUUAUGGUAAGAACAACGAGCUUGGAGAGAAAAGAUGGAGAGAAGGCCAUGAAAGCAGCUAGCUUCAAGUCAGAUGAACCAGAGAAGAAGAUUGUUGAAAGGUCACUAAGCUUCAAGAAGUGGGAAUCUGAAGAAGCAAACGUUGAACCGUCUGUUUCUGUGUCAUCUAACAAGAUAAUCAUGGAGAAAGUGGAUUUGAAUUCAAUAUCUUUGAAGAGUAAAAUCAAUGGAUCACCAAUCCAUAAAUCAAAACCCACAAUUUCUCUCCCUGAACCCAUGAUCUUGUUUUCUCCUAGACCCAUUAGCCAGCUUGAUGCUGCUGCAACUAAGGUUCAGAAAGUCUACAAAAGCUAUAGAACUAGAAGGAACCUUGCAGAUUGUGCAGUUGUGGUUGAGGAGCUCUGGUGGAAGGCAUUAGAUUUUGCAACUCUAAAACGUAGCUCUGUAUCAUUCUUCAACAUUGGGAAACCAGAAACUGCUACAUCGCGAUGGACACGGGCAAAGACAAGGCUUGCCAAGGUUGGGAAGGGGUUAUCCAAGGAUGAGAAGGCUCAUAUGCUAGCCCUACAACAUUGGCUUGAAGCGAUUGAUCCACGCCAUAGGUAUGGACACAAUUUACAUUUCUACUAUGAUGCCUGGUCUGCUAGCAAGAGCACCGAGCCCUUCUUCUUUUGGUUGGAUGUCGGUGAUGGUAAAGAACUAAAUCUACAGAAGUGCCCAAGAGCCGUAUUACAACGCCAAUGCAUUAAAUACCUUGGACCAAAUGAGAGGGAAGCGUAUGAAGUGAUAGUAGAGACUGGAAAGCUCGUGUACAAGCAAAGUGGAAUGUUUCUAAACACUGAGGAGGAUUCUAAGUGGAUCUUUGUGCUUAGCACAUCAAGGGCUUUGUAUGUUGGGCAGAAGAAGAAAGGUGUCUUUCAGCACUCAAGUUUUCUUUCUGGAGGGGCGACGACCGCUGCAGGAAGAUUGGUCGCCCAUGAUGGGAUUCUUGAGGCAAUAUGGCCAUACAGUGGUCACUACCUCCCAUCUGAAGAGAACUUCAAGGAAUUCAUCACUUUCCUUGAAGAACACAAUGUGGACUUAACCAAUGUCAAGGUACUCAAAUCACUUCAAAAAACUCGUCUUCCAAACUUUAUGGCCAUAGGCCUAUACCUGAUCAUGCUCAAUUGGUCAUUGUUUCCUCUACAGAAAUGUGCGGUAGACGACGACACCCCUUCAUUUAAAGUCACCAGCGACGAGUCCAACGCGGAAACCAUGGAGACUGAGUCAUCAUUUGUUGCAAGUGCUGCUGAUGCGGAGGAGCCCAUCAAGGACUCAACUGCUGAUCAAGAAGAUGACACCAAGGCAGCAGCAGCCACUGCAGAAGCACCGGUCUUUGAUUUGGCUAAGCGAUUAUCCUGCAAGUGGACGAGUGGGGUUGGACCCAGAAUUGGAUGUGUUAGGGACUACCCAGCAGACCUCCAAUCUCAAGCUCUUGAGAAGGUUAACCUGUCUCCUACAAAUACACCCAGCCACUCCAGGAACCGGUUGCCCAUCCCUUCACCAAGGCCGAGCCCCAAGGUCAGGAUCUCACCAAGGCUUGCAUACAUGGGGAUCCCUAGCCCAAGGGUGUCAGUUGUUGCGAAUUAGGGGUUGCAUGACCUUAGCAAGGGCACAGCUUGUGCCCUUAAUGAGAAGGGAAGGGGCUUUUACCCUAUAUGAUGAAGUGGUUCUUUGAUUAGUUUAUUGACAAACCAUUGUAUAUACAAGUAGCUGAAUCUGAUUUUGUAGCCUCCAGUGGUAUUAAAUAAUUUUGUACUCCGGAUAAUGACUUCAUUUUUUUUUUUUUUGCUUUGUAAGUUGUGAAUAUGAUGUUGCAGUGCAUUAUUGAGCAACUUUUAUUGAAUGAUUGAAGCACUGCUUUCACUUUCUCUUA